CACAGCCGAGCCCGAACAGAGCCGAACUGUGCGAGGGGACCCGAACCACUGACCCAUAACAUGUUCGAACAUGUGAACCCCCAUCGAUGGAUUAGGUCUUGGAUCAGUGUGAGGUCCUCCUGACGGGCCCUUGGUGUUCGGUACCGGGAUCAGACCCCUCUGAGAGCGAUGGGCUCCAGGACCUGGACCAGGACCAGGAUGGACCUCAGACCUUCAGUGGUCAGACUCUCUGUGUCCCUGCUGUUGACUGGCACGCUGGUUUCCAUGGUGACGUCCAGCUCACCUGUUGCAGGUGUGUUGGACCUCAACAGAACGACGGGGUCCCUGUCCUCCUCUCCUAGACCCUCGCCCACCAGCCCCCCUUCCGACUCGGGUGCCCAUGUUAACAGUGGUGUUUUAGGUCUGGCUGAGGACUUGGACUCUGGAGCUCAGGGGAUCCACCUCCUCCUGAGACCCCCGGACCUCCUUUCCCCCAGCCUUCCCCCACCCCUCCCCCCCCACAGCCAGCCCACACUCACGCCUCCCCCGCCCUGGGUGCAGGGCCCGGUCCUGGAGGAGGCCUGGGGCUCUGGAGACUACCUGGAGACCCUGUCCUUCAUUGUGCCUGACGGUGAGGAGCUCUCACUGGCCACGUCUCUACCCAGCCACCCCUAUGAAGAUGACACCGGUGGGGACUGGGUCUCCUAUGACACCGCCUUCCCCACCCGUCCCACACUGUCACUAUCCACCCCCCUCCCCCUCUCCCCGUCCACCUCCACCUCCAGCAUUCUGCUUCACACCCACCCAACCCACCCAGACGUCUUCCCCACCUGGGACGAGGACUACGACCUGGAGGACCUGGCGCCACUGGAGCCGACGGAGCUGCUGCUUCCGGACAUGAACAGUCUGGAGUACUACACCAACCUGCUGAGGGAGAGAGAGAGAGAGAGGGAGAGAGACCAGGAGCAAGUAAACCAGUCCGGCUCCAAAACUCCCAUCUCUCCUACAACAACUCAACCUCCCCCUCUGUCUCCGAGCUCCGCCUCUCCUCCAGGACCGGGCCCCACCAGUCCUCAACCGGGGCCAACCCCCCCCCUUAAUCUCUCACCUGUUAUGCCGAUGUCCCCCAACAAACCCUCUACCCCUUUCCCUCCAAAACCUACAGACAGCAUUCAGGGUCAAUACCCUCCCCGCCCCCCCUCUAACACCACCAGCCGGGUGCCUCCCCCUCCCCCGCUGGGUCCGCCCACCCGUCCUGAAAGGCCGGAGCGCCUGCCGGUGGUCACAGAGACGCCAGUGAAGGACCCGCCUACCAAGACCACCAAGGCGAGCACCACCUCCAUCAGCACCACUCCCCCUGUCCCCACACCGAGGGCGGCCCAGCCCCCGCCCAGCAGACAGUACCUGUGCAAUGUGACCAAACCAGAGAUGUACUUGGUCCGAGUAGUCAGCUCCAGAGGGUCGUCGGCUGGUUUCAGUCAGGUCCGAGAUCUUCUGAGGAGAGAGUUCAACCGCUCAGUGGAGCUGCAGUUCCUCAGAACGCCGUCCAGCUUCGCCUUCCGUGUCGUAUCGGGACCGUUGAUCUUCACUGCCAUGGCCGUCAUCAACGCCCUGCGCCAACCGCCACGCUCCUUCGGCCCGGUUCCCACCGUGUCACCGCUCUACAACGUACCGGACCUCAGGUAUCAGGUCCACUCGGUGCUGCAGUUUGUCCCCCCCCACGUCGACGUCCGAUUCUGUAACUUCAGUGAACGUGUAGAGAGAGGGCUGAUGAUGGCGUACGCUGAGACACGUAGACGGUCACAUGAGGCGGGAGCCGUCACUGUACAGCUGUUGAACGUCACCAUGAGCAUGUCCCGGCUUCCGGUCGAGCAGACGGUUCCCGUCGAUGUCACAUUUGCAGUGCGUGAUGGAUGGGGCUACCUUCUGGGGUCAGAGGUCAGCGAACACCUGAGGAAGCUCAGCCUGGUGGAGUUCAGCUUCUUCGUGGGAUUUCCUGCUCUGCAGAUCGCAGAACCGUUUCACUACCCUGAGCUGAACACGUCUCAUCAGCUGCGCUUCACCUGGGUCCGAACGGUGCUGCUGGGCGUUCAGGAGCAGCAGGUGAAGGAGAGAAGUUUCAAAGCUCGUCUGGAGCGACGUCUGGCUCAGCUGCUGGAGGAGGGGCUGCAGGAGCCCAGCAGGAGGCGCAGGAGAGCCACAGCUGUGGGCAACAACAGUCUGCAGGUGGUGCGUGUGGCGAGGCUGUCAGGCUCAGAGCGCCCCCUGGAGGUCAUGUAUUUUGUGGAGGGUCAGAACGGUGAGCGAAUCCCUGCAGAGGAAACUGCUGCCACCUUGAACCGCCUUGACCUUCAGAGGGCCGCCAUCGUCCUCGGACACCGAGUCCAAAGACCUCUGGCUGAAGCAAUGGAGACCCUGUCUGUCCCUCCGGCAGAGACUCAGAGCAACAGUAUCUUGCUGAUCGUGGGCGUGGUUGUCCCCGUGCUGCUCGCUGUCUUCAUCAUCAUCAUCCUUUACUGGAAACUGUGCGGCUCAGAGAAACUCGAGUUCCAGCCGGACGCCAUCAACACCAUCCAGCAGAGGCAGAAGCUUCAGGCUCCGAGCGUCAAAGGCUUUGACUUCGCCAAACUCCACCUGGGUCAGCACAGUAAAGACGACAUCAUGGUGAUCCAGGAGCCCGGCUCUCUGCCCGCCCCUGUCAAAGAGGCCACGCCCCCCGAUGGCGGAGACCUCAACACCCCCAAAUCUAAAGGCUCGUCCAUGAAGGGGCGGUCGGGCCGCCGCAGGGGAAGACUCAGCCCGUCAGACGGGGACUCGUUAGGCAGCGACCAAUCCAGUGGCAGAGAGUCAGCAGAGGAGAGCACCCGACCUGUGGCCACGCCCAGUGAGGGCAAACAGCACAGGAAGACGCCCAAAAAUGGUCAGAGACACGCAGGUCCGUGUGGCGGCGGUCCAGAGGAGCCUCUGUCCUCGUCCUCCAUCUUUGACCACGUGGACCGUGUUUCUCGAGGCUCGUGUGACGGGACUCGGCGACAGGCCAACAAGGUGCAGCUGAUCGCCAUGCAGCCUCGACCGAGUCUGCAGCCGACGCAGGCCCCGCCCCAUCACAGCCCGACGCUCACGGAGAAGGUCAACACAGAGGUGGCGCUGAGAUACAAGUCAGAGAUCGAACAUCACAGGAACAAACUCCGGCAGCGCGCUAAGAGGCGGGGUCAGUGUGACUUUCCCUCCAUGGACGACAUAAUGGACGCCUUCGGAGACGGGCCGGUGCAGAGCGAGGUUGCACAGCGACUCUACAGCUCCGCCCACGACCACAUGGAUUGUAUUCUGCAGGCCGACGCCCCCUCACCCCCGACCCCCACCGACUCCAGGAAGAGGGGGAGGCGCUCUCCUCGGGGUCGCCGUGCUCAACCAGGACCUGGAAGUCUUCCUGAUACCGACAGAGAUCGGCUUCUUACCGAUCACAGCGCCACCUACAGGAAGUACCCAGGACUCAACAACGUGGCCUACAUGUCGGACCCUGACCUGCCCCCAGAUCAUGACAGUCCAUCUCCCACUGACGAGGUGUUUGACCCGGCCCCAGCUCCACCCCCCUACAUGCCCCCACAGCCAUCCAUUGAGGAGGCCCGGCAACAGAUGCACUCUCUCCUGGAUGACGCCUUUGCUCUGGUCUCACCGUCCUCGCAGGGCAGCGUCGGGGUGAGCGGGAUAAGCCCUGCCCUGCCCUGCCCCUCCCCUCAGGUCCGUCCCCCGGGCAGACAGUGGGGCUCCUACCCAGCAGCCCCCUCUCACAGCCCCUUCUCUGCAAGAUACGUAGAGUUAGGAAUGUCUCCUACGUCGGUCCAGGGCCUCCUGCAGGGGCAGGGCCUGAGCUCCGGAGGAUAUGUUUCCACUGGAGAUCAGCUGCAGGAGUCAGUUUACUCCAACAGGGGGCAGUAUGAGGACCCCCCCUCCUCCAGACCACGGCCUGUUGGGGGCAGCACAGGAGCCCGGCUCCACCACCUGACGCAGGUGGGUUUGUCCAGUCAGAUCGGUGCUUACCCUGGGGUAGGUCGCAGCCUGUCUGGCCCCACCGGCUCGAGCUGGACCCAGCAGCAUUCAGACCAGGAACUAUCAAGACCAGGAGGCAGCAGAGAGAGCGUGCUGUCGUUUCCUGAGUUCUCCUCUUCCUCUGUUUUCCAGAUGCCGAGCUCCUCAUUGCGUGACCCAUCGGCACCACCUCUCCUCCUGACCUCACCAACUCCAGAAUAUCCACCAGAGGACGCCUCGCCCUCCGCCCACACCUCUGCCUCGCUUAUCAAGGCUAUCAGAGAGGAGCUGCGUCGCCUGGCCCAGAAGCAGGCGGUGACCAGCUACCCAUAGACCCUUGUGGACUAGUUUGGAUCAGGACUCUGCCGGUCCCAAUAGCGUGAAUGGAAUGGAUUCGGAAUUUGAAACUAAUGAUCCACACUUUUGACUCUCUUGAGCAGAUUUGUGUCUCAGUAGCUAAAUUAACUCCGGACCAUGAUACACGUCUCCUGUUUCCUGACUGAAAGACCUCUGGUACUUAACAGGGUUCUGUCUGUCUGUCUGUUGGUCAUUCUUCAACUCUGUGUUUCAUUAGGAGCUUGACUCAUACAUUCCUACUGAAGUGCUUCCUGGACUGGAUUGUCCCAUAUAGAGUCUUAGACCUGAUCAUACGUUCUGAAUUUGUGGAGGGGGUUGUCACUCUUGACCUUUUGGUGCUGAUCAUCCCUCAUGGAGGUCUGGAGAACAUUGUACCUCCUGGAUGGAUGGCAUAGCUGAACCACCUCAGGCUGUCCUGAUCACCUACAGUGGAAGAUCUCUAUUUAUCAUCUGCAGUGGUUUGUCCCAUCUGAUCCAAUGGUUGGGUUAGGGUUAAUGAUUGUUCAUUCUGGAGUUCUAGAGUGGAAAUUAAUUCCUGAACUCUUUGUGUUAAUGGUUCAUCCUAAUCUUCUCAUGUGAAUUAUUUAUUUUUAACUUCUGCAACAGAUUGUCCAUCCAAGAUUUCCGAUUUGGAGAGUCCCGCCCCGGAGAUUGUUUCUUCUCGAGUUGUUGAGUGGAAAUUAUUUCUUGAACUCCUGCAGCUGAUGAGCCACCUGACUUUAUGGAGCGGAUUGUCCCUCCGGAAAAUCUGCAUUGGAUAGUCCUACCUGAAGAGCUAGAGUUGAUGGUCCAUCCGAACCUUCUCAUGUGGAUCAUUCCCUCUGAACUUCUGGAACAGUUUGUCCCUCUAAGUUUGGGAAAAUCCCUUCUGAACCUCUGGAGAAGAUGGUCCUUCCUUGACUUCUGGAUCUGGACCAUCGCCUCUGGAGUUCUGAAGUGGAUUAUCCCUCUGGACGUUCUGUGGUGCUAACCAUCAGCCUCAUCCCAUCUUCUCAUUAACCACUUACUGCCUUCCAUACUUCCAUCAGCCAGGGGAAUCAGGUCUCUUUUCAUAAAGCAUAUUGAUGAGGUCUUUGCACUGUCGACAGCAGGAGGUGGCGUAAAGUAAGUACAACAUAGGGGGAAAAAACUGGAAAAGUAUAUAUAAAUAUCUAUGAAAAUGAAUACAAAUAUAUGUAAAGAGAUAGAAUCCAAAUGAGCACAAUUUAAUGUCAGAGAUAUUAUUGGAGUAUUGAGAUGUUACAUAUUUUGUAUUGCCUAUAUAUGAAAGCAAACUUAAAUCUUUUAUUUUAAUGACAAUAGACCUAACUACUGUUCUAUGGUUGUAGUCCUGCGUAUUGAGCUUGCUGUAGAUCUUUUGCCGUCUUUUGUUUCUCUUUGGAGACGCUGCUUGGCGUAGCUGCUAGUGCACGUGUUCAUGUGUAGGUGGCAAUGAAAAAAAUGCGUGAUUCCGUCGCUUUGUGGAGUUUUUACGUCGCUGAUUUAUUGCCUCCAUCUUCGGCUGAGUGCUGAGUCUGUUGGGCUUCAGGUGGAUUCAUGUAGAGGAGCAGAGACGGGAACAGCCAGGAACUGAAGCUACAGCGGUGUCCCCUGGAGGCUGUAAUAUGUAUAACACACAAACUAACUUUCUUACCACCAACUGAGUGUCAUCAGUGCACCAGUGAUGGGAGAUUCCUUCAAAACUUAUAGAAACAAAUAUGAUGAGCAUUUAACAGCUGCCUCAUUAGGGACCCUUGAGGCUGUUAUGUAUACUACACACCAGAAGAAUAACAAAUAAAAAGAUACGUUUUUACCAUCAUUUUAGUAGGUUGGGGUAAAACGUAUAAGUAAGGUUUGUAAAGGUUAAAUAUUAUUUUGAAAUCCAGUCGACCUUGUGGUUCCCGCUGCUUCUGGUUGGAUGGUUCCUGUUUAUUAGUCUUUGCUCUUCUUCAGCAUGUUGGACUCAGUUUGAAUUUUUAGCUACUCGUGAUGUUUCAGUCAAUGUUAGCAUGCUGCUGAAAGGAUUUAAAAACAAAGAUAAUAGAAGUAAAGAGGUGUUCCAUGUUCAGAGUGAUUUAUGUCACAGUGCCAUCAAAACGUCUUUCAUCGAAACCCAAGAAAAAAAUCCAUCGUAUAAAACAUUGUUUUUUCAACAUUUUAAAAAGAUAUUUUGGAAUCUGAAUGAAGACAAUUAAAAUAAACAUAUAAAUGAAAGUGAAUUUGAUGUUGAAUAGAAAAUAAUAAGAAAAGAUUUUACGUGUGAUUUUCUUCUGAACCUACUCACAUCCUUCAUGGACCAGAAACUAACCACUUGGACUCUAAUUCCACCUAGCGCCUUGGACUUGGCCACGCCCACUCGAUCACACGGUGCUAGCUUAACGAGUGGAGGUGAAACUCGCACAAAACACGAACACGGAUACAAAAACCUGCAGUUUGUCUUCUCACGUCAGAACAGGCUCCAUAAAUGGAAUGUUUUUUAGAGUUUCUGUUUUUCUCGAUCUGAGACGAAUACGUGGAAGUUUAUUUAUGACAAAUCGACUGGUUCGUACAACAACAUGGCCACAAAGAUUUAAAUCACACAACAUAGGACCUUGAGUCAUGUGAUGCUCAUUUACAGCGAGCAGUUGCUCUUGUUCUGUCACGAAUGAACAGCAACAUUCCUGCUGCUCCUCUGGACCCGGCCUCAACACGCACCUGAGUCCAGGUCCGGGUGUGAUUCAGGUACCCUGGGUGAAGAUGCUUUUGGUAGACGGAGCCUGCAGGGGGCGCUGUUUGCUGUCAUAAAAUCAGUGAGGGGUCUCACCUGUAACGCAGCAGUCAGGUGAUCUGUGUCAAAUGACCUGUUCUAAACU